AGUUUGUUUUGUUUUGAUUCUUUCAUUCGACGCGCACCAGAUUUGUUUAUUUCUUCAACUGGAAAUAGUUUCGGUCUUAAAAAUGGUGAUUAAGUGCGUAGUUUGUGAACAAAAUGAGAAGAAAUACAAGUGUAAAACAUGUGAAGUGCCUUAUUGCUCCUUACCCUGCUAUCGAAAACACCAAGAAACGCCCUGUGAAACGCCACAGCGAGAACCAUCUGCCGAAAAUGACGACAAAUCCUUGAGGAACUAUCUCUACACAACGGUGGACACAGUCGAACCUGCCAAACUGGAACAACUAAGACACUCGGAGCAGCUGCAAAAUCUCCUGUACAACCCACACCUGAGAAGGCUUCUGACCGAAAUAGACACGGCUCCCGAUGCCCGCAAAGCCAUCCGAGUAGCCAUGAUGGAACCCCUUUUUGUGGAGUUUGCCGACGAGUGUCUGAGAGUGAUAGAACCACCGGAUGCGAAUGAAAGACACGAAUUAGAACUGAUGAACUCGUAAAAUGCGAGUUUGUAAUAUUUUUUCUCUCUUUAACUUUUAUUAGUUUAAUAAAUUCUAUGUACAGAAACCUAAA